GGUGCAUGGGCCAGUGAGGACGCUCAGAAAUCCCCUCGCGGCGCGGAGGAGGAACAGCGCGGGAGCGAGGCGCUGCCCGGCGACCCUGCGUCCGAGCGAGCGGAACCUCGCGCUUCGCCCGGGGACAGUCCGAAGUCCGCGCUAUGGAAGAAGAGAAAUAUUUGCCUGAGCUGAUGGCAGAGAAAGAUAGCCUGGAUCCAUCUUUUGUGCACGCAUCGCGCCUUUUGGCGGAAGACAUGGAAAAAUUCAAAAUGUAUAUUUCAAAAAAAAAGAGAGAAAAGAAAAGACAGUUGGAAUUAUGUAACAAUAAAAAUAAAAUCAGUGAGCAAUUAUUGAUCCCAGCUACUCAGGAGCCUGAGUUCAAUUUUGUGGGGAAAUUGCUUGGACCAAGAGGAAACUCCUUGAAGAGGCUACAGGAAGAAACAGGUGCUAAAAUGUCUAUCCUGGGAAAAGGAUCAAUGAGAGAUAAAGCAAAGGAAGAAGAAUUAAGGAAGAGUGGGGAAGCCAAAUAUGCCCACUUGAGUGAUGAACUUCAUGUAUUAAUUGAAGUGUUUGCUCCACCUGGGGAAGCUUAUUCACGUAUGAGUCAUGCAUUGGAAGAAAUUAAAAAGUUCCUGGUUCCCGACUACAAUGAUGAAAUUCGUCAGGAACAACUACGUGAAUUAUCUUACUUAAAUGGCUCAGAGGACUCUGGUCGUGGCAGAGGUAUUAGAGGCAGAGGGAUCAGAAUAGCUCCCACAGCUCCUUCAAGGGGCCGUGGGGGUGCCAUUCCUCCUCCCCCGCCACCUGGACGGGGUGUUCUCACCCCUCGAGGAACCACUGUGACACGUGGAGCUCUUCCAGUGCCCCCUGUGGCAAGAGGUGUCCCUACUCCUCGAGCCCGGGGGGCACCCACAGUGCCAGGAUACAGGCCACCCCCUCCUCCGGCCCACGAGGCUUAUGAAGAAUAUGGGUACGAUGAUGGCUAUGGGGGUGAAUAUGAGGACCCGACCUAUGAGGCUUAUGAUAAUAGCUAUGCGACCCAAACGCAAAGUGUGCCUGAGUACUAUGACUACGGUCAUGGAGUAAGUGAGGAUGCCUAUGACACCUACGCACCAGAAGAAUGGGCCACCACCCGCUCUAGCUUGAAGGCGCUGCCACCAAGGUCAGCCAGAGGGGGAUACAGGGAACACCCCUAUGGUAGAUAUUGA